GCAGCUACAUCACGUGGGACGUUAGCGACGUCAGUCCAACAUGGCGGCACACAUAGCACGAUAUUCUUAUUUACUUUGUCGCAGCGCAGGAGUAAACGUGAUACCGCAGUAUGUAAAAACAAGGAGCGUUUUAAUAAGAGACAUUAAUAACACUUUACAGCCAAGUGUUGGUUACGGGACACGAGGACCGGACACCAUACAGGAAGCUCAAGUGCACAUCCCAGUAGAGCGUCUGACAGUAUCUUACAGCCGAAGUGGUGGUCCUGGUGGUCAGCACGUCAAUAAAGUCAACACAAAAACAGAGGUCCGGUUCCAUGUGCAUACAGCAGACUGGAUCCCAGAAGAUGUUCGACGGAAGAUUUUCGAAAAGAACAAAAAACGCAUCAAUAAGGCCGGCGAGCUGCUGGUGACCUCAGAGCUGAGCAGGAGUCAGCAGAGAAACCUUUCUGAUUGUAUCCAGAAGAUUUCUGCCAUCAUAGCGGAGGCCAGCGAGAAGCCACAUGAACCUACAGCAGAGGACAUAGCUCUCCGGGCACAAAGGUUAGAGAAGAGGAACAAGGAGCGACUCAACCAGAAGAAGAUCCAUUCAGCUAUCAAGAAGAGCAGACGAGGGGAUUUUGACUGACUGUUGUUUUUACCUCCCACCAUUGUGUUGUCAAUAACUACAUAUCAUUUAGUCCAGGGUUUAUUAUUUUGUCUUUACUUUUCUGUAAAUAAAAACUAAGUUGCAA